AUUUCAGACAUGCGCAAUGCUCUGAAAUCUAAUGUCGGUCAAAUCCGUUCUGGACCAGUUAUGGCUUUUAUAUUGUGUUGAACAACGUUGAUGUAACUACAUUCCUAUCAUUUCACUCGUAAAAUACUCACACACGACAAUAUAUGUAAGCUGAGGUAAUUAGAAAGAAAAAAUACAGCUGUAACAAUAAUAAUAAUCCCAUCAACUGACUGAAAACGUUGGUUGAUUUGCUGAAGUUGUUACAAAACAAGGAUAUUUUUUGUUUGUUUUUUCCUCUUCGGGUUUCUUUCCUGCUUCCAUUCAGUCUUGAGUUUCUUAGUAAUGAGACACUGAACUGUUUUUGGCAUUGUUAGCAACAUGUGUGCCGAAAGAUUAAGUCGUAUUUUAGCGAAAUGUCAGGCCUGUGUGGAUGCUAACAACUUCUAUGAGGCUCAUCAGAUGUACCGGACUUUAUACUUCAGAUACAAUGCUCAACAUAAAUAUGAAGAUGCCCUGGAACUACUUUAUAAAGGGUCAGUUACACUGCUCCAACACCGUCAGCAAACAAGUGGUACAGACUUAGCUUCUCUGUUCAUUAAUACGUUAACCAGUUCAUCUUCUCCUGUAUUAGAAGACCCAGUUAAUAAAGUAGCUCAUUUGUUUCAAUGCAUGGAAAGUGACAACCCUGGCCGGCAGGUUUAUUUAAUCGAGUCCAUAAACUGGACUAUCAAAGUUGACCCUAAGUACAAAUCAGGUCAUCCUAUUUUACACAAGAAGUAUGGUCUUAUUUUCUGGACAGAAAAGAAUUAUGAGCAAGCUCGGUACCAUUUCCUGCACUCAACAGAUGGUGCCAACACUGCUGCUCUACUCAUUGAAUAUCACGUAUCUCGGGGAUUUCCUAGCGAGGUCGACUUAUUUAUUGCCCAAGCUGUGUUGCAGUUCUUGUGCCUUCAAAAUAAAGAUACAGCUAAUAUUGUAUUCUUGAAGUACACCAAGGAACAUCCUCACCUGAAAAAAGGACCACCUUUCCUGAUGCCAUUAUUGAACUUCAUUUGGUUUUUGCUCUUAGCUUUGGACACAGGAAAAGUCAGUCUGUUUACUAUCUUAUGUGAAAAAUAUGAAACUUCAAUCAACAGAGAUCCAGCUUAUAAGGAGUAUCUUGACAGAAUAGGGCAGCUGUUUUUUGGGCUUCCUCCUCCAAAGCAGUCUCCACAUGGAAUUCUUGGGAACUUAUUGCAGAGUUUAUUUGGUGCUGAAGAUGAUCGUGAACAAGAUUCUGCCAUGGGAAGCAGUACUGAAGUGACAGCUGAAGAACUGGACUGAGACCUCCUCUCACCCACAAUCUUCCUUUCCCUCCUCCUUCCCCUCCUCUCCACAUUGUUUUCAAAACUAUUUCUCUUAACUACUAACUUUAAUAAUCUUUUUGAUGGCAAUUUUAUGCCAUUGUACCCCCUCCUCCCUUUGAUUUUUUUUUGUUUUUGACAAAAUUCUGCCACAUUCUUCUUUCUCUCCCUCCCUUGUCCUUCACACUUUCUCUACAGUCUCUCCUUUCUCUUCCUUUCCUACUCUCCCUCCCUCUCCCGUUCUCCUCCAUUGCCUCUUGUAAUAAAUAAAUAAAUACUUAAAAGGAUUAAACCAAUGGCUUCACAGAUGAGAAAAAGACAUCAGCAUGGCCACAGCCCCUUGUUGAAGCCAGUAAAAGUAAAAUGCAAGACCUUUCCCCUCCAAUUUUCCAACAGGCAGAAGAUAAUAAAAAAACAAAACAAAAAAAAACUUUAAUAAUACAAGGAAAAAAACAAAAAAACAAAACAAAGAAAAAUGAAAUUUGAAAUUCUUAAAACAAACCUCUUUUAAUCUUUUUUUUUCUUUUCUUUGUCUUACUCUGCAUCCGUAUUAUUUAUGUUUUAAGUAAGGCUGCAAGCGGAUAGAAUUGUUUUGGGCAGUGGGGAAAAAAAAAUGCCUUGCAUUAUUUGUUCUGGCUCUUUACAUUUUUAAUUUCAAAUCCUACCCAGGUUAACUUUGCCUUUCAUCCCUUCAGGGUCGAUAAAAUAUAGCACCAGCUGAGUAGUGGUGUUGAUAAUCAAUUAGUCCCUUUCUCUCCUUUUCAAAAUUCUUGGCCUUAUGCCCAAAUUAAAAGUAAUUACUAUGAAAGGUGAUGAGCUGGUACAAUCAUUAGAGUCUUGGUUAAAAAGAAAAA